UCACUAUAUAAAACUUACAAAAACCCUUCUCUUUCUCCAUUCUAUCUCUCUCUCUCUUUUAUUACUUUUCUGUAUUCUGUCUCUGCUCUGCUGCUUCUGCAUAUUGCAUUCAGAUACCUACCCUUUUCCAAUGGAUGAGAGCUUAUAUGAUAUAUUUGAAGACAGAACAGACGACGAUCUUUUUGCCAUUUUGGAGAGUCUAGAAAACUUCACUGAUUUUCCUCUCAUCAACAACAACAACCACCCUGAAACUGUUAUUACUCCGAAAGAGAACGAUUCAACUUCCACCUCAAGAUUACUGUCUCAGAAAUCAGUCUCUUCUCAACAAGAUUCUGAAACUGAAGUUGAAACUGAACACAAAAACAAGAGACAGAAACUCACACCGUCUUUGUUGCAGGAGCAGAUCAUUAACAGUGAUGGACAACAAAGGGUUUCUCACAUUACCGUCGAACGUAACCGAAGAAAGCAGAUGAAUGAACACUUAUCCGUUCUAAGGUCACUCAUGCCUUGCUUUUAUGUCAAAAGGGGAGAUCAAGCAUCAAUAAUCGGAGGCGUAGUCGAUUACAUCAACGAGUUGCAACAACUACUCCAAGCACUCGAAGCGAAGAAACAAAGAAAAGUAUACAACGAAGUCCUAAGUCCGAGAUUAGUUUCAUCGAGUCCACGGCCUUCGCCGCUAAGUCCGAGAAAACCACCAUUGAGUCCAAGACUAAACCUACCCAUUAGUCCAAGAACUCCGCAACCAAGUAGCCCUUACAAGCCAAGAUUGCAACAAAGCUACAACAAUAUUUUGCUUUCACCUCUUGACCCAUCUCCUACUACUUCAUCCGCUUCAUCUGUGAAUGAUAAUAUCAAUGAACUUGUUGCGAAUUCUAAGUCUCAUAUUGCUGACGUGGAGGUGAAGUUUUCAGGUCCUCAUGUUCUUUUGAAAACGGUUUCUCAGAGAAUUCCAGGACAAGCUUUGAAGAUUAUAUCUGCACUUGAAAAUCUUGCACUUGAAAUUCUUCAUGUUAACAUUAAUAGUACUUCUGAUGAUACCAUGUUGAACUCCUUCACUAUCAAGAUUGGAAUUGAAUGCCAACUGAGUGCAGAAGAAUUGGCUCAACAAAUCCAGCAAACAUUCUGCUAAAAAUGCCUAUGUCUAGAGGACACUCCUUAACCAAACAUCACUCUCUCUCUUUGUUAUUGCUUUAUGUAACGCUGUAUGUACGUAUAACUGUACAAGUAACAGAGUACGUGAAAAACUCAUUUAAUUUACAAGCAUCUCAUCAUCAUUUUUUUUCUCUUGUCUUUUAACUACAGCAUAGCAAGUUAGUCAUCACUAGUAUAAGUUAGCUAGUACUAGUACUAGUAUACAGGGACUGUCUUGUAAUUCCACAUGUUUUAUCUUUUUUCUAUUUCUCAUA